AUGGCUCCUUCCAGCAUGGACAAGAGCAAGGAGAGCCACCUCGACGAGUUGGGCCAAGUCUCGACUCGCUCGCAGGUCGGCGUUGUGAUGGAUGACCCCGAGGCUGGCUACGAUGCAGUCUUCGGACAAAUCGGCGAAGGGGGUCCCAAUUACAAGAAUGUUGGGUGGCUUGGAACAGCCGCUCUCAUGAUGAAGACCCAGAUCGGACUUGGAGUCCUGUCCAUUCCGGGAACCUUCCACGUGUUGGGCAUCGUGCCGGGUGUGAUUGCUUUGAUUUGCGUCGCUGCCAUCACUACUUGGUCCGACUACAUCGUCGGUGUUUUCAAGAUGAACCACCCCACGGUUUACAGCAUUGAUGAUGUCGGUCGGUUGCUCUUUGGCCGCGUUGGCCGUGAAUUCUUCGCCAUUGUGUUCUGUCUCUACUGGAUCUUCGUCGCCGGCUCUGGUAUGCUCGGUGCUUCCAUUGCGCUCAACUCGGUUUCCACCCACGGCGCAUGCACUGCGAUCUUCGUUGCCGUUGCUGGGUUCCUCGGUUUUUGCUUCGGCAGUAUCCAGACUCUUGGCAAGAUUACUUGGUUUGCGUGGAUUGGUCUCGUCGCCAUUCUCAGCUCAAUCCUGACUCUCACCGUCGCCGUUGGUGUCCAAGACCGACCAGCUGCUGCGCCGCAAGGAGGUGUCUGGGUUUCCGACUACGUCGUUGUUGGCAAGCCGACGUUCAGCGAGGCCGCCUCCGCUCUUUCGACUCUGGUCUUCGCUUUCGCUGGCACACCGGCCUUCUUCUCCAUCGUCUCCGAGAUGCGCGAGCCCCGUCACUACCCCCGCGCCCUCUUCAUCUGCCAAGGUGUCGUUACCGGAACAUACGUUGCCAUUGGAGUUAUUGUGUACUACUUCUGCGGCUCCUACGUUGCCUCCCCGGCCCUCGGCUCUGCUGGUGUCACGAUGAAGAAGGUAUGCUACGGUUUGGCUCUUCCGGGUCUUAUCGUGACUACUACUCUGGUCAUUCACAUUCCGGCCAAGUACAUCUUCAUCCGUCUCCUCCGCGGUUCCAAGCACCUCACGGCCAACACUGCCAAGCACUGGAUCACCUGGCUUGGCUGCACCGGCGGCAUCGCCGUCAUCGCCUACAUCAUCGCCAGCUCCAUCCCCGUCUUCGACGGCCUGGUCUCGCUCGUCGGCGCGCUGUUCGGCACCCUUCUUUCCUUCCAGCCCAUGGGUUGCAUGUGGCUUUACGACAACUGGAGCGCGGGCAAGCUCGAGAAGAACCCCCGCUGGAUCGCAAUGGUUUGCUUCAGUGUUUUCGUGGUUGUCAGUGGUUCUUUCCUGAUGGUCGCCGGUGCUUACGGCUCCGUCGUCGGCAUCAUGGCAACAUACAAGGAGUCUGGAGGCUCCGGCGCAUUCUCUUGCGCGGACAACUCCAACUCCGUAUCGCAUUAA